UGCCCUCAACUCAGCAUGUUCAUUUUCAAUAACACCACGUCCUCCUCCUCCGGCUUCCUGCUCACUGCGUUCCCUGGACUGGAACAUGCUGAUGUCUGGAUCUCCAUUCCUGUCUGCUGUCUCUAUACCGUUGCCCUCUUGGGAAACAGCAUGAUCUUGUUUGUCAUCGUUACCGAGCGGAGUCUCCAUAAGCCCAUGUACUAUUUCCUCUCCAUGCUCGCAGCUGUUGAUCUGUGUCUGACCAUCACCACCCUUCCCACUGUGCUUGGGGUUCUCUGGUUUUACGCCCGGGAAAUCAGUUUAAAAGCUUGCCUCAUUCAGAUGUAUUUACUGCACACCUUUUCCUUUCUGGAGUCCUCGGUGCUGGUAGCCAUGGCCUUCGACCGCUUCAUGGCUAUCUGUAACCCACUGCAGUAUGCUGUUGUCCUCACAGACAUGAUGAGCUUGGUGAUCGGACUAAUCAUCUUCAUACGACAAGUAAUUUUCAUGUUUCCCUGUGGUCUCGCCUUGAGUAAUGUGUCUUUCCGUGGAGGCCAAGAGCUUUCCCACCCGUUUUGCUACCACCCAGACGUGAUCAAAUACACACAUUCCAAUCCCUGGAUCAGCAACUUUUGGGGCAUGUUUCUUCAGCUAUUCCUGAAUGGCACAGACUUGCUGUUCAUCCUUUUCUCCUACGUCCUGAUCCUCCGCACUGUUCUGACCAUUGUGACCCCCAGGAAGCAACAAAAAGCUCUCGGCACUUGUGUCUGUCACAUCUGUGCUGUUACCGUUUUCUAUGUGCCAAUGAUCACCCUGUCUUUAGCACACCGUCUCUUUGAUUCUACCCCAAGGGUUAUCUGUAGUAUUUUGGCCAAUAUUUACCUACUCUUACCACCUGUACUGAACCCGGUCAUUUACAGCCUGAAGACCAGGAUGAUCCGCCAGGCCAUAUUUCAGUUGUUCCAGUUCAAGAGUUCAAGGCGCCCCAAUAUGAGGGGCCUUCAAAGAAGAUGA